GCAACAUUCGUUGUUGGCGACACAAGAGAUGGAUUUUGCAAUUGUGUGGUGCAGUUUCUAUGACAGUCAUGUAUUUGAAUCUCCUAAUGAAUUCCUUUCAAUCAUUACGAGUCAGUAGUUUGUACUAAGUGUAGUUAGUUAGCGAAAAGUAUUCGCGUAAAAUAAUCUAGUACAUGCGAUUCUUAUCAAAAAGUCAACUGAUAAGAGGCCUUUUUCAAUUUCAAUGGCACACGCCUACCUCCACGAUAUCAGAGACCGGUUGGAUUUUGAAUGACAGGGAUUCCGUUAUUUUAUUGCCAAGAGAUGUGAUAAGUGAGGUGAAGAUGUGGAAGAAAGAGUUAAUGUUUUUUGUGUUUUUUUGUGCUGGAGUUUUUGAGGCUCACUCUCUUGUUUAUCCAGAAGAUCCACUUUUACUUUGUGCCAUUCAGACGUCAUGCAAGAGUUGUUUGGAGAGCAGUUCGUCGUGCGCCUGGUGCAGUGAAUGGAAAUUUUCAAAUUCAACCAUCGGUCGAUUACGCUGCAGCAGUGCCGAACGUUUGGAGGCAUUUGGAUGUCCUAAAAAUUCUAUAAAACUCGCAUCCGUUGGAUUUGUGAACGUCGUAACUGACAACGGGUUUCAAGACGUCGAAGUGCCGGAUCAAGUACCGGUUCAAUUGCGACCGCAGAGGAUAAGGGUCAAACUCCGACCCCAUAGCACUGAGACGGUUCAUCUCAAGUAUCGUCCCGCAAAGAAUUAUCCUCUGGAUCUGUACCUUUUGAUGGACCUCACAUGGUCGAUGAAAGACGACAAGGAGACAAUAGUGGGUCUAGGGCAGCAAAUGGCAAAUACUCUGGGCACAUUUACGAAAAAUUUUCGUUUGGGUUUUGGAAGUUAUGCUGACAAACCACUCAUGCCUUAUGUCUUUCCGGGUCACGAGGACAAUCCCUGUAGGAGUGAGGGUAGUGUCUGUGCACCGUUAUACUCAUUCAAACAUCACCUCAAACUCAGUGAUGAUGUACAACGAUUCAUUCAACAGGUAAACGCUAGUCAUGUCACGGGGAAUGUUGAUAACUUGGAAGGCGGGAUGGAUGGAGUGGUGCAGGCUAUUGUCUGCACGGAGCAGGUUGGAUGGGCGAGACAAGCGAGGAAAUUGAUGCUUGCUGCCACUGAUGGAUUCAUGCAUUUCGCUGGAGAGGGAAAAUUAGGUGGGGUAGUGAAAAAGCACGACUUUUCUUGUCACUUGGAUGACACUGGUGAAUACUCAAUGUCCAAAGUCUUCGAUUAUCCCUCACUCGCAGAAAUUUCAAGACUCCUGAAACGCAAGAAAAUCAAUCUUAUCUUCGCAGUGACUGAGGACCGACGAUUAGAGUACGAGCAAAUUGCGACUCUUUUGAAAGAAAAAGCAAGAGUUGCGACGCUCGCAGCUAACAGUUCGAAUAUCUUGGAGAUUAUUAAGCAAUCUUAUCAUGAUAUAUUAACGAAAGUUGUUCUCCGAGAUAACUCGAGCGCGCUAGUUGAUCUGCGGUAUUACUCGAACUGUGGAAAGGCUGGGAAGCGGGAGAAAAUUACUUCAGAGUGUGGAGGCAUACAGGAGGGAAAGAUCUAUGAUUUCAGGAUUGAAUUAUCGCUCGGAGAUUGUCCAAAAGAUCCACAACUUUGGACUCAAAGGAUAGGAAUUGACGACGCCCUCGCAUCAGAAGCUUCUGAGACCAUAAUCGAACUUGAAUUGCAAUGCGGAUGUGACUGUGAAAACCCAAACAGUCCCCACUGCAAUCACGGCAUUGACGAGUGUGGGAUUUGUAAGUGUGAUCACGCAUGGUCUGGAGAAACAUGUGACUGUGACGAAAGUGCCUGGACUGAGAACAGAUUGCUGUGUAUUGCACCUGGGGAGUCGUGGGCUUGCAGCAAUAGGGGAGAAUGUACUUGUGGGAGUUGCACCUGUGAUCCUGGAUACAAUGGAAAAUACUGCGAGUGCUCAACUUGUGAAAAAAUUAAUGGAAUAGAGUGCAGAGGGAGGGGUACUUGCAAUUGCGGUAAUUGUCAUUGUCUUGAAGGAUGGCAGGGUGACUCAUGCCAGUGUCCAACUGGCAAUGAACUUUGUAUUGCACCCGGAAGUACUGACGUCUGCGGUAAUCACGGAUAUUGUGAUUGUGGACAGUGCCGAUGUAACGUAACAACACCAGGGGAUGGUUUACUCUAUCGGGGAUUGUACUGUGAGUCUUCUGCAAGUGCUGGGGGUACCGGGCUCUGCGUACUUUAUGAAACAUGUGUGAAUGCUACAGUUGAAACACCGGAAGUCGCAGAUAAAGUCUGUAAUCGAGAUGGAAAUGGUUCUUAUCAGACUGAGAAAAUCGAUACGGUUGAUACUGGUAGCGAUCAUUAUUGCAUCAUAAGAACCGUCAGAGACAAUGUUAUUUGCACUAUACCGUAUGUUUAUUACUUUACCCGGGAGAAUAAAGUUCUACUGAAAUUUGCCCCAAAAGAAUGUCGAACACCUCUAUCGGCAGCAUUUCUACCCGGUAUAGUAUUCGGUCUCAUCGUUGGACUAGGCAUUCUAGCGCUUCUCAUAUGGAGAUGCUGGACUGGAAUUAAAGAUCGGAGAGAGUACGCGAGGUUCGAAGAAGAGCAGAAGAGAACUGUCUAUGCAUUAUCAGAAAACCCACUUUAUCGACCUGCAAGGUCAUUCUUCACAGUACCUGAAAAUUUCAAAGAAGAUUAAUGGGUUUGCAAUGAUUUGUCUGAAACAGACGGAGAAACAUCCAUAUUUCUGUGCUUUUUUUGUACUAUAUAUCAUUAAAGUUCUGCCAAACCU